ACCUGCCAGUCAGAAAAGGAGGCGGCUCUUCCAGGUCAAGCUUGCAAGCUCCUUUCUGUAACUCAGGGGUCAUGAGAGUUUCUGUGUGAUGUGUUCUGCGUGACUCUACUGGGUGUUGUGAGAGAAGGUUAGUCAAGCUCAGAACUCCAAACAUGGAUUUAGUCACCUAUGAUGAUGUGCAGGUGAACUUCACUCGGGAUGAGUGGGCUUUGCUGGAUCCUUCUCAGAAGAGUCUCUACAAAGGUGUGAUGCUAGAGACCUAUAGGAAUCUCACAGCUAUAGGUUACAUUUGGGAAGAACAUACAAUUGAAGACCAUUUUCAAACUUCUAGAAGUCAUGGAAGGCAUGAAAGAAGUUGUUCUGCAGAGCAACCCUCUGAGUUUAUUCAAUGUGGUAAAGCCUUUGCAUAUGAGAGUGGUAGACAAAGGCAUCAAAUUAAACAUAAUGGAGAGAAACACCAUGACUGUAACCAAUGUGGUAAGGACUUUAGAACAUGGAAUGUCCUGCAAAUACAUAAGCGAACACAUACAGGAGAGAAACCCUAUGACUGUAAACAAUGUGGUAAAGCCUUUGCAAGAAGCUGUCAUCUCCGAAUGCAUAAUCGAACACAUGCAGGAGAGAAACAGUAUGAAUGUAACCAAUGUGGUAAAGCUUUUAAAAGAAGGAGUGACCUCCAAAUACAUAAGCAAACACAUACAGGAGAGAAACCCUAUGAAUGUAACCAAUGUGGAAAAGCCUUUGCAAGAAGCUGUCAUCUCCGAAUACAUAAGCGAACACAUACAGGAGAGAAACCCUAUGAAUGUAAACAAUGUGGAAAAGCCUUUGUAAGCAGUGGUGACCUCCAAAAACAUAAACGAACACAUACAGGAGAGAAACCCUAUGAAUGUAAACAAUGUGGUAAAGCCUUUUCACAAAGCAGUCAUCUCCGAAUACAUAAGCGAACACAUACAGGAGAGAAACCCUAUGAAUGUAACCAAUGUGGAAAAGCCUUUGCAAGAAGUGGUGACCUCCAAAAACAUAAGCGAACACAUACAGGAGAGAAACCCUAUGAAUGUAAACAAUGUGGUAAAGCCUUUGCACAUAGCAGUCAUCUCCACAUACAUGAGCGAAGACAUACAGGAGACAAACCCUAUGAAUGUAAACAAUGUGGUAAAGCCUUUGCAGUAUUCUAUACUCUCCAAAUGCAUAAGCGAACACAUACAGGAGACAAACCCUAUGAAUGUAAACAAUGUGGUAAAGCCUUUACAGUAAUCUAUACUCUCCAAAUGCAUAAGCAAACACAUACAGGAGAGAAACCCUAUGAAUGUAAACAAUGUGGUAAAGCCUUUUCACAAAGCAGACAUCUCCGAAUACAUAAGCGAACACAUACAGAAGAGAAACCCUAUGAAUGUAACCAAUGUGGUAAAGCCUUUGCAAGAAGUGGUGACCAACAAGAACAUAAGCGAACACAUACAGGAGAGAAACCCUAUGAAUGUAACCAAUGUGGUAAAGCUUUUAUAAGAAGGAGAGUCCUCCAAAUACAUAAGCGAACACAUACAGGAGAGAAACCAUAUGAAUGUAAACAAUGUGGUAAAGCCUUUGCAGGAAGCAGUCAUCUCCGAAUACAUAAGCGAACACAUACAGGACAGAAACCCUACGAAUGUAACCAAUGUGGUAAAGCCUUUGCAAAAAGCAGUACUCUCCAAAUCCAUAACCGAACACAUACAGGAGAGAAACCCUAUGAAUGUUACCAAUGUGGUAAAGCUUUUAUAACAAGGAGAGUCCUCCAAAUACAUAAGCGAACACAUACCGGAGAGAAACCAUAUGAAUGUAAACAAUGUGGUAAAGCCUUCGCAAGCAGUAGUGACCUCCAAAAACAUAAACGGACACAUUCCGGAGAGAAACCCUAUGAAUGUAAACAAUGUGGUAAAGCUUUUGCACAAAGCAGUCAUCUCCGAAUACAUAAGCAAACACAUACAGGAGAGAGACCCUAUGAAUGUAACUAGUAUGGUAAAGCCUUUGCAGGAAGCAGUGGUCUCCAAUGCCAUAAAAGAUAAAUACAGGAGAGACACCAUAUGAAUGUAACCAAGGUGGUAAACCCUUUGAAGGAAGCAGUGGUCUUGAAUAUUAUAAUUGAACACACACAGCUGAAAAACCCAGGAAUGUAAGCAAUGUGGUAAAGCCUUUGCAGGAAGGAGUGACCUUUAAAGAGAAAAGACCAUACAGGAGAGAAACUCUAUAUAGGUAUCUGAUGUUAUAAAGCCUUUGCAGCAAGCAUUGAUCUCCAAGUACAUAAAUGAACAUAUACCAGAGAGGAACCUUUUAAACGUAACCAAUGUGGUAAAGCUUUUUCGAAAACCAAUAGUCUUUACACACAUAAAAGCACAUAUAGUUGAGAGAAAUGCUUUGAUUUUAACCAAUGUGGUUAAACUUUUUCAAAAAGCAGUCAUCAACAAAAUCAUGAAAGAGCACGUAUAGGAGAGAGAUUUUUGAAUGUUAGCAAUGGUGCUUUUAUAGCUUUUUCACAAAGCAGUGGCCUCCAAAUAUAUAAAGGAACACAUACAGGAGAGAAACCCUAUGAAUAUUGGCAAUGUUUUAAAGGACUUCUACAGCACAAUCAUCUUCAAAUCUGUAAGGAACAUGAGGUUUUGAGAAAUCCUCUGAAUAACACCAAUUAGGGAAAGCAAUUGUACAAAAGAGUCAUCUCCCAACACAAAAGUAUACACACUAGAUAGAAACCCUAUGAAUAUAGGCAAUGUGGUAAACAUUUUAUAAGUCACAGUAGUCUGUAAGAAAAGGAGACACAGUUGAGAAAAACACUAUGAAAUGAACAAGUGAACAGAGCCUUGUACAUUAAAAUCUUCAAAUACAUAAAAGAAGACAAAGAGGUGAGAAAUCCGAUGUCUACAAGCCAUGUGGUAUUGCUUUCACUUGUCAGUCAUAUUCAAAGACACAAAAGAAAACAAAAUGUAACAAAAGGCUGAGUGUGUUUAAUAUCGUGAAACUUUUUGAAUAUUUUAGAGUCUUCACAAUGAAACCAUUCAUACUGCAAAUAAAUUUAGGAAUAUGAUAUGGUGAAACCUUUUCAGAUUUCCCAAAUUUCAUCAUUAUGAAUGAGAAACCCAUAAAUGCAUUCAAUAUGGGGAAGCCUUUAAACAUUUCUAAUUCUUUUUUUUUUUUUUUAAAGAUUUAUUUAUUUAUUUAUUGUAAGUACACUGUAGCUGUCCUCAGACACUCCAGAAGAGGGAGUCAGAUCUCGUUACGGAUGGUUGUGAGCCACCAUGUGGUUGCUGGGAUUUGAACUCCUGACCUUCAGAAGAGCAGUUGGGUGCUCUUACCCACUGAGCCAUCUCACCAGCCCCAACAUUUCUAAUUCUUUAUCAUCAUGAAAAUAAUCAUACAAAGGAGAUCAAGGGGAUACAAGGCAUGAUUCUUAUUGUCUUGCUUGAGUUACAGUCCUGACAUCCUUUGGUGAAAAAUAUCAAUGCGGAAAUUGUGAGCUGGAUUAAACCCUUUCCUCCCCAACUGCUUCUUGGUCAUGAUGUUUAUGCAGGAAUAGAAACCCUGACUAAGACAAAUUGGUAUCAGGAGUGGGGUAUUCCUGUGACAACCUGACCAUGGUUUGGGAGGACUGUGGAAGGACUUUGGAACUUUGGGCUAGAAGAUUCAUUCUGUGUUAAGAAUGCUGUGGGAUGUUGUGUAGGAGCUUGGAAGAUAAUGUUGAGAACCGUGCAGAAGAUGGAGGCCUGGCUUGUGAAAUUUCAGAGGGAAAAUUAAAGCCUCUUUUCAGGGCCAUUGUUACUUUGUGAAGAUUCUGUGGUUCUGGUUAACUGGGGCUGAAGAAUCAGCUGUGAUUAACAAGAUAAUAGAAUUUCUAGAGUGAAAACUUUGCAUUACUGGGACUGUUGAUGCUGGUUAGCUGGAGCUAAGAAAUUAGCAGUGAUUAAGAAGAAACCAGCAUCAUUGAAGUGACAUCAUCUGUGAAGUGUUUUCUGAGAGCACAGAGGAAGUGUUCUAGAGAUAAUCAAGGUGGUACCUUGUGCUGUGGCUGGACUUGGUAGUGUGUAAGUCUUAACCUCGUGGUACUGGUUUUGAAGGCAUGAAGGGAUAAUGCAGAGCAGCUAAGGCCCAGCACUUUGAGAGGCCAUGGAAGGCAACUGGUGAAGGUGCAGACUCAGGUGAAAUUGAUGGCCCAGUACUGAAGAGAUCAUGCAGUGUUUUGGAGUUGACAGGUCCAUGAUUGACCACGAAGAACUGCAGCAGCAGUAAAGUACAUGCAUCUGGAGCCUAGAGGACAAGUUGUGUGCUACAAAGGACAGGGUUGGAAAAGUGACCCAAGCCCUUGGAUCUUUUGGAGUUGUCCAAAAGAUCGUGAGUUGGAUCCCAGACAUUGGACAGUUGGAGUUUCAUUUUUACUUUUGAUUGUGACUGUGCCCUGAUAUUUUUCCCUCUUGAAGGAAACAAGUAUUUUAGUGGAUUCCAUAGUAAAGAGACUUUUAAUUGUAAAAGGCUUUGGAUUUUAAAGGAUAUUGGAUAUUUUAAAAGCAUUGAACUUUUAAUAUGUAAAGUCUGUGGGGCUUUCAAAGUUGUGUAUAUCUUGGGCAUGAAUAAGAAACUAAGAGUUGAGCAUUACUAGUGAUGUGUUUGCGUGUCAAGUUGACAAGGUGUCAAUUAUACUGGCUAAUUUUGUGUCAACUUGACACAAGCUGAAGUUAUCACAGAGAAAGGAGCUUCAGUUGAGACAUGCCUCCAUGAGAUCCAGAUGUAAGACAUUUUCUCAAUUAGUGAUCAAGGGGAAAGGCCCCUUGUGGGUGGGACCAUCUCUCUGCACUGGUAGUCUUGGGUUCUCUAAGACAGCAGUCUGAGCAAGCCAGGUGAAGCAAGCUAGUAAAGAAACAUCCUUCUGUGGCCUCUGCAUCAGCUCCUGCUUCUUGACCUGCUUGAGUUCCAGUCCCGACUUCCUUGGUGAUGAACAGUAAGCAGUAUGAAAGUGUAAGCCAAAUAAACCCUUUCCUCCCCAACUUGCUUCUUGGUCAUGAUGUUUGUGUAGGAAUAGAAACCAUGAAUAAGACAAGGGGUAUAAGGUAUGGAUUGUAAAAAAAAGAUUAGACAAUAAAGAAAUGAAGAAAUAAAAUUAAUUUUUUUUUUUAAAAGGAGGAUCAGACAGAAACAUUCCUUCCAAAUUAUAGCUUUAUUUUCACACCAAUCAGGAUUUAGGGAUAGGGGCUUAUGUAGUUUACAGUGUCAACUGUUAUAUAAUAUGACUGUUAUAGCUUAACUAAUCAUAUGGAUUUGUUCUUUGGUGGUAAAGUACAGGUCUUAUGUUUUGAGGGGCACAAUGAAAAGCAGAAAACAUUGUUAGAGACAGUCAUUAUGUUUUAAAAAGAAAAUAUGAGUAAAGUGAGGUUGGAUCUCCACAAUACCUAAUCCUUGGAAACGAACUUAGUUUCACCAAAGGCAAUACUUAGGGCCUGGUGUUUGGAUUUGAUUUGUUUUUCUGCUAAUUCCCAAUUGUGUAUUGAUUCUUAUGCUACUCCUGUUAAAUUCUUCCCAAAUUUCAUGAUAAUCCUGUACUGGGACACUGAGAUUCCCUGCCCCAAGCUGAUUGUAAAUGGGUAACAAAAGUGCCAGCAGCCAAUGGCUAGGCAGGCAACAAAGGCAGGACUUUUGGAUUCAUGGCAAGGGAAACAAAGAGGAUCUCCAUGCCAGUAAAGGAUUUGGAUGCCAGCUUCAGAGCUGGGAAAGACACAAUACCAGCCACAUAAAAGCUAGGAAAGAGUGACCCCAGUGUUCCCUCCUCUGAUUGGUUCUGGAGAAGCAAAGAUGGCUCUAGAUUUAGGAAAUUAGGUGUAUCACAGGGGAACCAAUAGCAAUGUGGAUGUUUGGUAGUGUCCCAGCCAAUGAGCUGAUUUGGCAUAUUACAUAAUGCUGUUUGUCUUUCAUUUCAGACUCCAAAGUACUUGUAUGCUGAGCUAAGAACUUAAACAGGUGGCAUCCUAUAGUAGAGCAGAGUAACCAACUGAGUCUACAGAAGGCAUCACACCUACAGGAUGGAAUGCAAUAUUAAAAACUAAUUGGGGAUUCUCAAAUGAAAAACAAAUGCUAAGAUGUGAAAUUAAGGGAUGAGGAAAAUUGGUUUCUUAGUGGAUUCGCUUGUUUUGCUGAGCCAUUUGAGUCCUCACUAGCUGUGCAGGUUCACAACUAAAACAAAAGUUGAGCUAAAAUGGUAUGCAUAAUUCUUGGAUUUGUGGAAUGAGCUGGGACUCAGAAAAAUGUCCCAAGCUGAUCCAGACAUCCUUGUUGGUCUGGAUUUUCCAUGAGCCCUCUUCCACCAUGAGCCCUUCUAAAAGAUUUCUGUCUGCCUCAGAUAGUUUAAGCUUGGAGGUGCAGUACAAAGAGACAGGCUGCUCAGAAAGCAACAACAGAGGUAGAUGGUAGAGGCUGCCCAGAGCUAUAAUCAGAAAAAAAGAAUAGAGAGAAAUCGAUGAGAUUUGUUUUAACUUCUUUUAAGGAAAAAUGAGCAGGUGGUGAUUGUGUAAGAGUGUUUGAGGCAAUCUCUGUGAAGGGCCCUAAUGUCUGCAGAGGAUUCUCCACAUGGCUGGCACCCUAGCACACCCAGGUCCUUGAGAUCACUGGUAAGUGGAAUGCAAUAUAAGUUCCAAAAAAUACAGAGGGUCUUGUAAUAGUAGGAACAGGGACAAAGGACAGCAGCGUGACCAGCGACUGAGGUUAACUUCUGGUUGGAGCCACCCUCUCCCACCCCCAUGCAAUCUUUGGCCAGAUCUCAGCAGAGGGCCCAAAGGUCCCCAGAGGACUCUUCAUGCUGAAGGCCCCCUAGCACACCCUGGUCCUUGAGAUCACUGGUGAGUGGAAUGCAACAUCACUUCCAAAAAAUCCAGAGGGUCUUGUGCUAGCAGCAACAGGGUCAAAGGACAAAGGCAGGCCCAAGCACAUCCAGAAUCUUGGGAACACUGAGAACUGGUUAUGCAGGAGAGUAAGUGGGCAGCAGAAGCAACAAAGCUUCUUGAACAAGGUCCCUACAGGCCUUCAUCCUCAGCCAGAAGACAGACCUAACACCCAGAACCCUAGACACUUUCCCUGCGAGAGGGGAGUCGGCCUCCAGGGAGGGCUCUGACCCCAGGAAUCAGGAGGUGGAUCUGAACUCCAGACUUCUGUGCACCUUCUCUGUUGGCACUUUCUCUUUAUGUUACCUAGGUCACAUUAUAUUUAGUGGAUAGGAUUAAAGACAAUUAAGACUGUAGUAAGAUUAAGGGAGAGUUUCCCUUAGAAUUUAAGACAUAUUUCAAACAACCAGAAUGGAGAUUUUUAAAUUAUGUUUAUUCUUUAAUUAUACUCCAGUCAUUAUCACCCCCCCAUUCCAACCACUUACAGUUUCUCAUCCCAUAUCCCGACCCCUCUGUACAUCUCCAUGAGGGUGUCCUCACACCCACAACCAUUCAACAACAUCCUGCCAGGCUUCCCCAAUCCCUGGGACUUCAAGUCUCUCGAGGAUUAGGUGUGUCUUCCCUCCCUGAGUCCGGGCCAGGCAGUCCUCCUCUGUAUAUAUGUUAGGGACCUUGGACCAACAAGUGUAUGCUGCCUGGUUGCUGGCUCAGAGUCUGAGAGAUUUCCAAGGUCAAGGUUUCUUGAGACUGUUGGUCUUCUUGUUGGGUUGUAAGACUCCCGGGAGCCUUAGCUUACUGGGGACCUGUGAGUGAACCAUGUGGGGCUGGAAUCAAUGGAAAAAGCAAGAGGAAUUUAUUGUUCCACUAAACUGGGGUCAUCCCAGACCCUAAGGAGAGGUGGUGACCUGCGUGCCUGUUCGGCGAGCUUUUAUAUGGUUGUCAGGGGCAAAAUAGAGCAUCAACCUGGCAGUGGUGGCAUACAUCUUACAUUUAAAAGCUCAUAGUGGAUUGCCCAGACCCCUUAAUGAGGGCAAUGCUGCAGCAGGUUUGCAUAUCAGGCAGAGUAUAGGCAUUACACAGGAAUAGUUCAGCCUAACACUCUCAUUCUUUACAUCAUUAAAAAGCAAUAGGUUGAGACAACAAUUUGGUAUUUCUUGAGAAUGUGCAUGUCAAAUUGUAAAGACUUUCAUCAGUGUCCUCAAUUUCUUCCUGUAUCACACAAAGGUGUUAAUCCUCUAGGAGUUAAUCCUCUAGGACUGGUACCUACUCAGUUAUGGCAAGUAGACGUUACUUAUAUAUCUGAAUUUUUAAAAUGUUAAACAAUGUACAUAUGUGCUACAUCCAAUCCAGUAGUGAGAAGCGUGACAGGCCCCGAAAACCUGUGUGCUGUCCUGAGGCGAGAAGUUCACGGAAACUUAGUCUCCUGGAAUCUUGCAAUCACGUAUAAAGAAUGCUCCAAUGUCCUUGCUUUAGUUGGUAAACGGAUCUUGGGCGUUCCCUUAAUGUUGCUUUAUUAUAAGUCCUCCUAAGGGGGCUGGAGAGAUGGCUCAGUGGUUAAGAGCAUUGACUGCUGUUCUGAAGGUCCUGAGUUCAAAGCCCAGCAACCACAUUGUAGCUCACAACCACCCAUUAUGACAUCUGAUGCCCUCUUCUGGUGUAUCUGAAGACAGCUAUAGUGGACUUAAACAUAAUAAAUAAACAAAUCUUUAAAUCACAUAAUUAUAAAAAAAAUAAGUGCUCCUAAGUAUUGAUUUUUUUUUUUUUACAUAGAGCUAAGUUAGAUUCUAGGCAGUCGUUGAUCUGACCCUGGGCAUGGAUAGCUAUGUCAUUGCCCUAUGUAGGAAUUUACCAUUAUCUAGGAAGAGGGAAGUUAGUGACCUAAGGAGGAACCAGAGUAGAUACUUAGAACUAUAGAUAGCUGAGUUACACCCAUAUACAAGUGUUUACAAUGGCCUAGGGGGAACAGGAACCCAGACCCCUUAAUGAGGGCAAUGCCACAGCAGGUUUGCAUAUCAGGCAGAGUAUAGGCAUUACACAGGAAUAGUUCCGCCACACACUCUCAUUCUUUUUGUUUGUUUUUUUUUUUCAUUUUUAAAAUUCUAUUUAUUUAUUUAUUUGUUUGUUUAUUGUAUGUAAGUACACUGUAGCUGUCUUCAGACACUCCAGAAGAGGGCAUCAGAUCUCAGUACAGAUGGUUGUGAGCCACCAUGUGGAUGCUGGGAUUUGAACUCAGGACCUUCGGAAGACCAGUCAGUGCUCUUUUUUUAAAAUAUUUUUUAUUAGGUAUUUUCCUCAUUUACAUUUCCAAUGCUAUCCCAAAAGUCCCCCAUUCCCUCCCCCUACUCCCCUACCGACCCACUCCCACUUUUUGGCCAUGGUGUUCCCCUGUACUGGGGCAUAUAAAAUUUGCAUGACCAAUGGGCCUCUCUUUCCAGUGAUGGCCGACUAGGCCAUCUUUUGAUACAUAUGCAUCUAGAGACAAGAGCUCCGGGGUACUGGUUCAUUCAUAUUGUUGUUCCACCUAUAGGGUUGCAGUUCCCUUUAGCUCCUUGGGUGCUUUCUCUAGCUGCUCCAUUGGGGGCCCUGUGAUCCAUCCAGUAGCUGACUGUGAGCAUCCACUUUUGUGUGUGCUAGGCCCCGGCAUAGUCAGAUGCACUAAAAGAAACACUCUCAUUUUUUACAUCAUUAAAAUAUUAAUAGGUUGAGACAACAAUUUGGUAUUUCUAGAAAAUGUGCAUGUCAAUUUAUAAAAACUUGUCUUCAGUGUCCUCAAUUUCUUCCUGUACUACAUAAUGGUGUUAAUCCUUGAGAACAUAUACCUAAUCAAGUAUGGCAAAUGGAUGUUACUUAUAUAUCUGAAUUUAAGAAAUGUUAAACAAUGUACAUAUGAGUAUUGAUAUCUUCUCAUGCUUUCUAUUUGCAACUGCUUUAACAGGAUAAGCAACUAAAUAAGGAACUAGUCAUUGCCUACAUUGUUUUUCUAUUCUUGAUGUUCAAAAUGACAGGAAGACAUAAAGUUACUGGCCAUUACAGUCAGGCAUUUGUGAUGUUUUGUUAACAAUUUAAUACUUGUCAUAUUACUGGGAUUCCUUAUUAUUCUCAAAGACUAGGUAUUGUGGAGCACACCCAUGGAACUUGAAAACAAUUCUCAAUUUAGCACAAUCUUCAAUCAUCUGGUAGGAAAGUCUCAAGGAGGCAUCAUCUGAAUCAGGUUAGCCUUUCACAAUAGCUGUGGGAUACUGUCAUUGUUAUAUUAAUUAAGAUGAAGAGACUUAGCAUGGUAAGUUGCUCCAUUUCCUAAGCAGGGACCCUGGUUGUAAAAGAAUGGAGAAAGUGAACUGUGCACUAGCAAAAAUGCUCUGAGACUCCUGCUCUUGACUGUCGAUAGGUAUGCACUCUUGUUGCAGGCUCUUGACAUUGCAACAUUUUACCACCAUGGACCAUACUACGGAACUAUGAGCUAAAAUGACCCUUUCUUUCCCAUUUGCUUUUCCUAGGGUAUUUUAUUGUAAGAAUAGCAUUGAGAUGUACCAAUAAAUUUAAACAUUUUGUUUCUCUUUUGAGGAUUUUAAAAAAUGAAACAUAAAGUAUAUAUGGCAUGAAAGGCAUUGUUCAAAGAAUGCCAAGUGCACACAUCUCACUAGUCUAUCUCUUCAUGGACAGCCUCCCUCAGUCUCACUCUCUGUCAGGCAUCAUUCAUUUCUCCAGCCAGGAAACAGCAGAUUCCUACUAUGCUAUCCCUGGCUUGACCUACAGCUGUAUAUUACCUCCAAUCUGAAACUAACUCAGAAGGAGGUUAUGGGACUCACAGUGUUCCCAAUGGGGUUGUAUAAGCAAGAACCAGUUCAUGAGGGAGAGAUGACUCCCUGGUAGCACUGCCUGCAAGCAGUAUAGCAAACUUCAGGGAUUCAGCUCCUUCAAGGCAUCACCCAUGUUGGGUUGCUUUGUUAGUGACUCAGCUAGCUGACUAUAUCAACCAUAAUCCGAAAAGCUCAAUAAUAAUUUCUCUCCCAUUCACUGGGCUUGAAAUCACUUCAGAGACAAAGUUUUGGUUGUUUUGGGGAGUUUGAGAGAAGCAAAAAAAAAAAAAAAAAAAAAAGGAUCAAAGCCACCCAGAAUGAAAUGACUCCAAAUGUUGGCCCAGCUAAGGUGGAAAAUCAUGGGCCAAGAUAAACCUUUCCUUCCCAUAAUCCUAAAAUAUUUUUGUUGGGUAUUUAUUUGCAGCAACAAGAAAACCCACUGAUGCUCCAAAACAAUACUUGGGUGGAGCCAUGUUCUAUCUCUCAACAUGCUCUAUCUGGAAGGAAAGGAAGUUCCUUCACAUCUCCCCAGGAUACAUUUAACAACAAACACCCCAUUAAGAACUUGCUGUAAUCAUUGUCCAGGGUCAGUGCCUUGGGUAGUUGACACAUGAGAAGCUCCUGUGACAUCUUGUGAACUGUCACUGCCAUGGAGCCAGGAACCCACCUCAGUGUUGGGACAUCAUUGCUGGUGCUAAUGUACAGACUUCAAGAAUGUGCCUGUCUAAGAUGAAAAGUGGAUGGAGGAAGGACAAGGGCAAAAGUGACAGAGUUUGUUCAAAGAAAAACAAAGCAGGGGCUUCUCAAAAAGCUAGCUUGCCAUUCCCCCAUCACCCUCAACUCUCCCAUUCCCUGAGAAUCCCACAAGUCAGGAAGGUUUCGGUGGCCCUCUUGUGGCGACCUCAAAUAUUGCUCAAUGUUUUUUGGUUGCAUCAUGCAAGUGGUACCAGCUAGAAACAAGGUGUGAAAUAAAACUAUUUUAAAGGUU